UGGAAAUAAUUUUUUGUAGAUUUUGAAUUUUCGCGGAAUCGGUCUACUUCUCAGUAUGAAACUUUAUACGUCACUUCCUUGUAUACAACAGGCACGCCCACAGCACGCGGUUGAACCAUUUGAGACAACAGAAAAUAUUGCUUGUGUAAUCCGCCAAAUCGCCAAACGAGGUCAAGACAAAGAAAAGCACGUUGUUUUGUCAGUGGACUUUUAGAUCAUGAUCAUGACUUACCAAGAUCAAACAGAUAUCGACUACGAAACAAGUCUGGCGGCUGAGGGGCUCGUGUUAAUGUCAAAUAUGGUCGCUUCGAAUAUGGUGCAUCGAACAGCUGACGAGAAAAAUAUGGCAGACGUAACCAACGCAGAAAAGAGAGACUCUUUGUUUAAUCUGGCCAGCAUUUUGACAGAUUUGGGAAAGUUUAGACGAGAACAUAUAGAUCAUGACUAUUUCAGUGGAGAAAUGAAAAGGAUUCAUUUAAGAUCUUUACAAAAUGAUGAAAGUUUCAUUGAUAAAUCUACGAAAGACAAGAAACGAAAGCGCGCAAAAGCGACCCCGCCCACUUCAGUAGCUGAAGGUUCCGACGAAGAUGACAGCUCUGUGUGUAAUCCAAAGAAGAAGCUACACCAGUGUUAUUACAAAGGAUGUGCCAAAAUGUAUGGGAAAAGCUCACACUUAAAAGCACACCUGCGUACUCAUACAGGAGAACGUCCAUUCCCUUGUACCUGGUCGGGAUGUGAUAAGAGAUUUGCCAGGUCAGAUGAAUUGGCCAGACACUUGCGAACACACACAGGUGAGAAACGUUUCUGCUGUCCGUAUUGUGACAAGAGAUUUAUGAGAAGUGACCAUCUCAACAAACAUGCCAGGCGACACCCUGAAUUCGAUCCCACUGUCCUUCAAAGGUCAAGGUUAAAGAAAAGCAAUACCAGUCCAUUAACCACUAGCAAGGAAAGUGAACGAUGAAAAUUAAAAUUAAAGAAAGGCCAGAAAGAAUCUGAUUAUAGUAUAUAUUUCCAAAGAACAGAAUAUCUACAAGUAUCUGUUCCUGAAGUCUAAGAUUUCAUGUAUAUGUAGGACAGAAUUAUAAUGGGCUGUUCUAAACUAUAGACAUCAUUUGGGAUUUUAAUCCUGACAGGUUGGCCAAGAAGGUAGAUUUCUACAGACUUCAAAAUAAAAAAUAAAUUUUCAGACAGGCAGACAUAUCAAAAUGUGCUGAUGAAAAAGUUUAUCUGUAGCAAAGUAUAUUCAUCCAUGUAUGUUAAAAAUGUUUUAGAUUUUGUAUUGUUGUGCAGCUGAGGGAUUUCAAUGGAAUGCUUGAUCUCAGUAUGUUUCUAGUGCAUAACAGGUUUGAAGCCAAAAAGAAAAUCAAUGCAAUGUGUGAAAGUUGAAAAUGGCUAAAUGUGUUUUCUAUUGAAAUGUUAACUUGAAACUUUUAAAAAUGGAUCUGGUAAAUUUAUUAUGUUUAUUAAUUUCUCUGUUUUUUACCUCAUAUUGACUACACAUAUUCAUUGCAAUCUUUUGUAAUAAUUGCUUCUCUGCAAUACACUUUUUUCAUUUGUGUGAAUGAUGCGUUACCAGGAUCUGUGGACUUAAAGGUUUUGUUUUGGUAGAUGAAAUUGACUUGAUUAUUAAAUUAACUUUUCCAGAGCAGUAAACCUCUUGCCUGCCCUUGCCUGUGAUCUGAUUUUGAGGCUGUUGUUUUGAGUGACUUUUAGCCAUGGUUGUGCCUUUCUAAACAUGAUAGAGUUAUCCCUCCCCCUCUUUGUUUUGUUAUAUUUUUUGUUUUCUAUGAAACUUCAUGCAUUGAUUCCUGAGCUGAGUGUGAUAUAGAUUCAUGUUACUUAACUUUUGUUGAUAUUUCAUUGUGUGUUGAAUGAUAAUUAUGAGGUGUCCUCAACAAAAAAACAUUUUUACAAAGAAAUCCCUGUUUUCUACAAAUGUAUAUUGCUUACUUUCUAGUGCUCACUCUUCUUCCAAGUUAAACAAUUUAUACAUGUAUUUACAUAGAUUGAGGAGAAGAGAAAUGAUUUUAGCAUCAUGUAUAGCUACAUUUACUAACUGCCAGAUCUGUGUUCUUAUUAGUUGUCUGGGUAUUAAAAUAUAGCAGUAAAAAACAAACACACUUAUCUUAAUUUACUAAGGGGAGAUUACCCACUGGUCUACUUGACCAAGAAAGAUAAAACUACAAUACAAUAGCUACAAUACAAUCUUAGGAUUGUAUGUACUAGGGAUUUAGAUAUCAUUUUGGUUAUGUACAUACAUUGUGCAAAAGACUUUUUAUGUUAGUUAAUACUAGAGUCCUACAAAGACUUAGUAGAUAGCUAAUAAUAAAAAUUGUUGCUUUUAUUAGUGAAUUAAUGUUUACAUGAAGUUAUUUAACUUUCAUUCCAUUCUGUCAUAUGACUGUGUUUUAAAAUUUCACAAAUAUUAGUUAACACUCAACAGUGAUGAAUUUAUAAAAAUAUGUGUAUGAUAUUGAUGUAAGAAAAUGUGAUGUAAAUCAGGCCAAGUACUUUUCAUACCAAGUACUCUUCAUAUAUUAUUACUGUAGGAAUAAAAGUAUUGUAUGCAUUGUAGAUAUUGUAGGACUAGAAGUAUUGUAUGCAUUGUAUAUUUUACACUCCCAUUGGAUGAUUGGUGCUAUAUUCCAUUGUUCCAAGUGAUAACAAGAUCUGUCCAUGUUCAUUUUCUCUGUAGACAUUUUCUCUGACAGGUUCUAGAAGCUGAUCUGAUGUUAUAUGUACAUGUAAUAUAAGGAGUAUCUUGGUAUUUUUUCCUCACAUGUAACGUUUAUCAUUUAUAGAUCUGAUACUGUGUAUUAACUGAACCACCCACUGAAUCAGUGAAUUCCAUUAACAUCUAAACAUUAACAGUUCUAAAUGUAUCAAAAGCUGCCUAUAUAGAACAAUUUUUUUAAAUAAUAUGUCACAUCCCAAAAAUACAGCUCUUAUUUAUUGCAUUGGAAAAUAAUUUGUCAAAAUUUUGCACUUUAUAAAAAAUCUAUUUAGGUUACUAUAGCUUUUGAACAAUUAAAAUGAAAUACAUGUAACUGGAAGUCUGCAUUUAGGGUGAUGCUUUAUAAAUGUCUUUCUUUAAUUGACCUGUGUAGAAGUUUUAAUGUCAGGUUUUGGUGCCAGUUGAGGGUAUAUUUUUUCUUGCAGAAAGAAUCAGACAAAGUUGCCAUUUUCAAAAGAGAAGGUAAAAAAUGUAUAUAUUUUGUAAAAAUGUUUGUACGUUAGAUUUUAUGAGAAAAGGGAUAUGUUAAUCUGAUUUUAGUUUUUUUCAUCCCAUAUUUUGAGUUGUAUUAUAUCUGUAAAUAAUUUUAUUUUUGUUGAUGUUGAACUCUAUAUAUCUAUUUAAUUAUAUUGUGGCUGUUUUUACG